CCACGAUCCUCUGCGGCAUCAUCCAUGCGCCGCAGUCAAUCAGCUGUUGAGGCAACUGCUGACUUCCUCGGAACAAGGGUUGCUCGUUUGUCAUUUCUAAACCUUGACGAGGAAAAACAGAAAUAUAUUCACUCUCCGAGUCCCCAAAGGGUGAACAAUCAAGCUCUUCAAAACAUGCAGGAUGAUUUACUGAUGGACAAAAACGCAGCCCAGGCUCACCAUCAGCAAGGUCCGACGCAAAUAGACCCUCCUCCUUCCUCCAGUACCCCCCCGACCUCGUCAUUGGAGCCCUCGUCCUCAUCAUCGGGGUCUGAGAGUCCGUCGACCGGGAACAGCAGCACGGCGGACAAAGUGUCGAUGGAGUCCCCAAUCCUGCCAGGGCUGAACUUCCACCAGCAGCCACAGGAGACCGAUCCUAUUUCCUCCCCGCCCUCCUCCUUCGGGAGCACUUGGUCCACUGGGAACACCAACGUCGUGGACGAAAGCUUUUUCCAGGGAAUACCCUCCGCGAACGGGACGAUGCUGUUCCAGAAUUUCCCCCACCACGUCAACACGGUCUUCGGUGGUAAUUUCUCCCCGCAGAUGGGACUCGCCCCUCAGUCUCAACAGCAUCAACAACCGGCGCAGCAGCAGCCUCAGCAGAGAAGAUCACCCCUCAGCCCCAACCAAGGCCCCUUCCUCCAGAGAAACGCUUAUCAGACCAUCAUGAACGCAGCUAAAGGGUCUUCUUCUUCUUCUUCAGUAUCGUCACCGGCAUGGAAUAACCACCAAAACAUGGGGUGGAGCACCGGCUCCAACCACCCUUGGAGUGGUUUACAGGCAGGCAGGGACCCACGCAGAGCAGGGGGUGUUGGAGUCCCCUCUCCCGUGAGCCCAAUUUCCCCCGUGAAAAAAAAUUACGGCAGCAAUGUUAUUGCACCGCCAAGAUUUCCAAGAUCUGGUCCCCUCGCUCCCAAAGCCUGGAAUGAGGACGGUGCCUUCAGGACUGAAAGCAAUAUUCUACCUAUACAGGACGCAUUUAACUUUCACUCUUUGGGGAAUGCCUUUAUGGAUGCGAUAAGGGCUGACCAUGACAAAGGACGUAUAGGCCUUAACUUCCAUCGUCCUGGAGCCGAACACAUAAUGCCACUGAACAGUCGUUCCUACCUUUUUCCCUUCGAAGAUGCUUUCCUUGACAAUGGCCACGGUGAGCUCUCUUUGACCCCAGGCCUCAACUCUCCAACCCGUUGUCAGAACGGAGAGAGGAUGGAGCGCUACUCCCGCAAGGUUUUUGUCGGAGGCCUGCCCCCAGACAUAGACGAAGAUGAGAUCACCAAUAGUUUCCGUCGCUAUGGACACCUGGUGGUGGACUGGCCCCACAAAGCUGAGAGCAAAUCCUACUUCCCGCCGAAAGGUUACGCCUUCCUGCUGUUCCAAGAGGAGACCUCUGUUCAGGCAUUGAUUGAUGCCUGUAUUGAGGAGGACGGCAAACUCUACCUGUGUGUAUCCAGUCCCACUAUCAAAGACAAACCGGUCCAGAUCCGUCCAUGGAACCUGAGUGACAGCGACUUCGUCAUGGAUGGCUCCCAACCUUUGGACCCCCGCAAGACCAUCUUUGUAGGGGGAGUGCCCCGUCCUCUACGUGCAGUGGAGCUUGCUAUGAUCAUGGAUCGGUUGUACGGAGGCGUUUGCUACGCUGGCAUCGACACCGACCCGGAGCUCAAGUAUCCAAAAGGGGCCGGCCGCGUAGCCUUCUCCAAUCAGCAGAGCUACAUCGCCGCCAUCAGCGCUCGCUUCGUUCAGCUGCAGCACAAUGACAUUGACAAAAGGGUGGAGGUGAAGCCGUAUGUGCUUGACGAUCAGAUGUGUGAUGAAUGUCAGGGGGCGCGCUGCGGGGGCAAGUUCGCCCCCUUCUUCUGUGCCAACGUCACAUGUUUGCAGUACUACUGCGAGUACUGCUGGGCCAGCAUUCACUCGCGAGCCGGCCGAGAAUUCCACAAGCCGCUCGUGAAGGAAGGAGGCGACCGUCCUCGACACGUGUCCUUCCGCUGGAGCUGAGUAGUGUGUCUGCCUGACCAUCCCCAGAUACAUAAAAAAAAAAAAAAAAUAGUCCUUCUAUCCGUGAGCAGAGCAUGACAAAUAACACAAAGCAUCCCAUCUUCACACCCUCAGGCCCAACUCUUUGUAUUGCCAUCUAAUGAAGCAUUGUGAAACGUGAAAGCUUUGAAUUUGCACUUUGGCAUACCACACAUGCACGCACACAGACACACAGGAUGUAACUUCACACACUUGACUACUUUCAGCUCACUCUCUUCUUUGACGAAGUGACGAGGUCCUGCUGACCCCCUCCCCCACCCCACCCUCCAUAGCCACGUGGAAGUGGGCCCAUAUGAAUAUUUAAAAGAAAAAAAAAGCUAUUUUUAGUUUUCUACCUAUCUAAUCAUGUGGAUUAUUUUUAAUUUAAUGUAAAAAGAGCAUGCACUUAUUUUCAAACACACACACACAGCCAUACAUUACACACAUGUAUACAUGGAUGUACUAUAAAUAUACACAGUAGGUCCUUAGAGAAAACGAGUCACCAAAGUGUAGUCAAACUGGGCAAAAUAAGAAACAUUGCAAAAUAAGGGCCCUGUAAUGCCUUGAAAAGAUGAAAACAACAUUAUAAUCAAUCAAUGAAUCCAUAAUCGUAAAUAUUAAUACCUCAUACACACAACCAGAUUAGUUCACUGUUGAUUUCUAGCGUUAUUCUUCUAAAUGUAUUGCUGCUGAAUUUUAUGGUCAGAUACCAGACGUACAAAGUGCAAAGAGAACACAUCCACGGUGCAUUCUUGACAAAAAAAAGAUGGCUGCCAUUGAAGCGCAUGUUUAUUUCAGGUAGCUGCAUGCUAUUGACUUUUUAAUACUGCCCAUGUUUGCACAGCACACUACAGAUUCAUCAAGAGGCAGUGAAGAUUCAAAGCAUCUCGAUGCAACCUUAGUAUCACAAAUCCAAUUCAGUGUAAAAUAAUAUGACAAACCAUCUCUGAUAGGUGAAGUUUUUUUUUUUUUUUUGCAGUGAUUGUUAUAAUUGUGCAAUUUUUCUACCGUAUCGAGUUAGGUCAGAGUAUGCCUAGAACUGUGAUUCGCUUUAGCUGUUGUUCAUGUCCAACAUUGUGAGUGAACUUUGGAUAAAAAGGACAGCAACAAUGUUGGAUCCUAUUGAGACGUCCCAUAAGUCAACCAAAGAGUUUCUGACUCGAUGACAGUCAGCUUAGCAGCUGUUGUCCUCCCUCCCACAAGGGAGCGCUGCGGUGUGUAGUGGAUUCAGUGAUAAGGAAAAACAGAAAUGAAGCUACUGGAUGCCACAUGUUCUCGACACAUUGGUAGAAGUAAUACAGAUGUGCAAAUUAGGGGUAUGACACUAUUUACCCCCCCCCCCCCAUUUAUUUUGUCCUGCAAAGCUUGAAGUAACCAACCUGCUAACAGUCUAUUUGUGUUUUGUAUGAAAAGUUUAUGGAGUGCAGUGAUGGCAAAUUACCUGUAGUUUUUGUUUCUUUGUUUUUGUUUUGAGCAUUUUUGUGGACAAUCCAUAGCCUGUAAGGUUCUUGCGAGGUCACGCGUGUCCACUUUUGAUUUUUCGUUGGGGUCCUUGAUUGCGCCAUGCCUCGAAGCUCAUCAUCUCUUUUAGUCACAAUCUGUUUGUUUUCGUAUGUUUUGUGCUGUCCACGAAAAAAAAAGAUAUAUUUUUACUGAUGAAAAGAAGACGAAAAGAAACUAGAGGUUGACCAUCAGUCGUGUAUUCCUGCGAAAGUGAAUUUAAUGACAAUUUCUUCCCUGCAAAAGUGAUUUUUGUGAUAAUUUCUUCCCACCCAGGCAGGUUUUUUGAGUUUGUUUCUCCUCUGCAGAAUAGGUUUUUGUUAUGCACUACUCUUUGUAUUGUUUUCAAGUGUCCGCACUUGUUUUUGUUAAACAAGAAAAAAAAAGACGAUAUAAGUUUUCUUUCUGACUGACAAGAUCUUUUGCAAUACCUCACUUUUGAAAUGUAAUAGGAGACAAACUGAUAUUUUCUAAGUUCAGAUGAAAAAUUAUAUAUAUAUGAAUUUAAUUCUUAAAGAGAAAUUAUUUAACAGAUGGUUGCUUUUUUAUUUGCUUUUAUUUAAAAAAAUAUAUUUUUGGGAGAAGACGGUUGAAGGAGUUAAAACUACAACCAAUAUAAUAUUGCGUCUGUGUGAGAGAGUACAGCCUAGUUUUGUGGUCACGUCUGAAAUAUUAAGGAAAAAAAAAAAACGUGUCCCCACUUUUUGUAUCUUUAUAAUCACUUAUUUAGUACUCUGCUGUCCACAGUUGUAAAAGAGGUUUUCUGUUUGCUUUUUUGAAUACGUUUAUUUUUAAAGUUUUUCUAAAAUACAUGUUCCAAUUGUUUUUGUAUUUCAGAUUAAAAAAAAAAUCCUGAUAUGUUAGCUUGGCCUCAUUGAAAACGUGAUGGUUGUAUGAAAAAGCAUGCUAUGUUAACAUCAAGCAGACAACUUGUCUGAAAGCCCCCAAGGUGCAUCAAGACUGGUGGCCUUUUGCUCAUGCAACACUUGAAUUUGUCCCAAUUUUUUUUCCACCCUUCCAAAGCUAAGAACCUCUUUGUUGUUACGUGCAAUACUGUUUGUACUAUUUGUAAAAAAAAAAGACCAAAAAAAAAAUACAAAAAAUGUGGCAUAAAUCUUUACUGCAAAAUUAUUUUAAUUGUGAUUCACAAGAAUAAUUUUCUACUGUGUAUUUACCUACUACCUGCUAGUACCUUUCAGUAGUAUGUAGCCUUUGUACUGAGAACAUUAUUGCUAUUUUCAGUUUUCAUUUCAUUUUACAUAAUUUUUUUGGAAGAAAAAAAAUGACUUAACAUAUUUCCAUGUCUAUUUUAUAUUUUUGCCUUCACUGGUUUAUUUUUCAACCCAUAAGAUUUCUUGGGUGAGGCGUUCAUAUCUGGUCAAUGUCAUUUAUAUUAUAUUCAUUUGUAUUUUUACUUAAUAAAUUAAUUUUGCGAUGGUAAUUAUUUCAAAUCUAUUUGAAUUAUUCUCACUUUUUUUUAUUUUUGAAGCUGGAUUUAAAAAGAAAAUUAUGUCACGUGUGUCUGGAUGCUAAAAUGCUUAGCUCUGUGUGUUAAUGUGAACAUUAUUUUGAUAGAAAUGGGCCUACAAAUUGGCAAAUAAAAUUAAAAAAAAAGCUGAAUUUACCAUACACACUACUUGUAUAUCCUGUAGCAGCAUGGCACACUUAACACAAGCACUCAAGCCGCUUCCCAAUCACCAAUUAGAUCACAUCUCCUUUGUCUAGUGUGACUGUGUGUGCAUAAAUAUAGUGCUUAAGUGCAUAUUAUACAGUAUUUGUAUUUGAUCUCGGUUGGGCAGUGAUUCAACCAGGGUGCUGCAACACACUGUAGCGUGUCACAAGGGAUGCUGUAGGUGAUAAUCUCAUUUGGCUCAAAAUUAUCAAUGACAAAUUAUCUGUGUACAUCUAUGUCAUCGACAGGCAAAAGCUACUAUGAACCUGUGUAUCUAUCUACGUGCUACCAUUAAGAAUAAUGACUUUCUGCGAGUGCGUAUUAAACAAGGCCAGAUUUCUCACUAAAUAAAUUAGUCAACUGAGAUGAAAUCAUUUCAAGCUAUAUUUCAUACUUUGUAAUAUUUUUGUUUGGUUUGUGAUUUUCCUAUGUAAAAUGGGUGCCUUGACUCAAUAAAGGUUGGGAGACACUGA